CAUUUUACAUGUACUGCGCACGCGCAAACAAAUUGCGGGUGUUUAAUAAUAUGUCUGCGUUGACGCGGCCUCGUUUGCGUGGAGGACGCGCAAUUAAUUUGCAGCGGCGUUCGUCGAAGAGGCGACGUGUAGAUGUGAAAUAUGAGGAUGAAGGCUCGUCGAGAGACAGUCAGAUGGACAAAGUGUGGAAGCCUGACGACUGGCGUGCACAAUUUGAUAAUAUUGUUGCCAUGAGAAGAGAGAGAGAUGCUCCUGUUGAUAAGAUGGGCGCUGAGAAGCAGGCAGGAGCCGAUUUGUCGCCGAAGGUAUCUCGAUUCCAUGUGUUGGUGUCUCUUAUGCUCUCUAGUCAAACGAAAGAUCAAGUCACUGACGCUGCAAUGACGAACUUACGAGAUCGCGGCCUGACCAUUGAAAACAUUCUGACUAUGGAAGAAAGCGAAAUCGGUGACCUGAUAUACCCGGUUGGAUUCUGGAAAAGGAAAGCUCAGUAUUUGAAGAAAACGUGUGCAAUUCUAAGAGACCAAUACGACAGUGACAUACCUCGAACGGUGAAAGAACUCUGCCAAUUACCAGGUGUAGGACCUAAAAUGGCACACCUGACGAUGAACAUUGCAUGGAAGGAACCGUGUGGAAUCGGCGUCGACACUCACGUUCAUCGAAUAUCUAACAGACUCGGUUGGGUGAAGUCACCGACGACGACUCCCGAACAGACGAGAGUAGAGUUGGAAUCAUGGCUUCCUAGAAAACACUGGAUUGAAAUCAAUCUGUUACUCGUCGGAUUUGGACAACAAACUUGUUUGCCUGUGUCUCCAAAAUGUCGUCAGUGUCUCAAUAACAGUACGUGUCCAUUUGGCAGGAAAGAGACGAAGAGAUAAAGACACCGAGUAAGCAAAGACUGCAACUUUGUGUAAGACAGAGUGUAUACACAUAUACAUACAGUGUAACAUGAUAGUGGCCGUGGUUUGUUCAAACCGGUGGGCUGUUAAUUUUAUUCUAUUUCGACACGAAAGAGGACGUGUGGCUUGGUUGAGUUGUUAGUCGUUUAAGUUUUUGAUGUGACUGAAGCUUAUUGUAGGGCUGUUACGUAUAGAUUGUGUUGAUUCGUUGUACUUCAAGUCGUGUGAUUGGAGCUUGUGCAUAUUGUUUCACACAGCUGUUGAGGACGUUGUUUUAAUUAUGUACUAUUUGUUAAUAAUUAAAUCAUUAAAUUUCUAAUAAGAG